CUCAUUUGACAUCCACGUGAAUACAAUGAUAAGCUGUCAGCUCGCUCCACUUUUAUUCCCCAUUGACAGCAGUCAGUCAAACCCGCUUUUUUGGUCGAUUUUUAUCGCUUCGUUUAUUAUUGGUCUGAAGCGACAAGAGGAACAAAAUGGCGGUUCAAAUCUUCAACGUGAUUUGGCGGAUCUCAUCUCUGUGUAUCUGCUUCCUAGCAUGUGCUGAAGGUGGUCCAGCAAUUAUUGAGCCGUGGCCUUAUAACCUCUACCCAAUUGAGGGAGAGAAUAUAGCUGUCACAUGUGUAGCAUUUGACGAAAAUGACCCUAAUGGUAGACCAGUUAUCAAGUUUGCCCGCAAUCUAGAUUUAGGGGGGACAAAACAGAUCACUGAUGAGGGCCCAAAUGGACACACCUACUUUACAACUGAGAAAAAAAUGGACGGUCGGAAAGUGUCCACCACGUUGCACAUCAACAAUGUCACCCUGAAUGACGACACAAAGAAUGGUGGGAGCUACCAGUGUGAAGCCUACGCUAGUAGUGCUCCUGGUGCCACCGCUGAUGAUGUUUAUGGAUUCACCAUCACUGUGAUCAAGCGUUCUGAAAUCCCUAAAAUCCAAGUUUCUGAGGAUGAAACUGUCAAGUUUGGGGAUUCUGUCAGUUUAGGAUGUAACCUGACUGAUGUUGGCACAAAUAAACUGUGGAAUCCAAUAGAUCACAUAGCUUGGAUCAAAGACAACAAGCUCAUUGACGAAACCUUCAGCCCUGAGAAAAAAAGACUAGAUAACUUGGAGGUUAAGAUUGAUAGCCCUGAAGAUGCAGGAAUCUUCACCUGUGUUCUUACGGCAAAGCUCAGGAAUAUCAGGCCUUACAAGAUCUAUGGCAACAUAACUGUUCAAGUUACGCCUCAUCUCUUCAGGACUGAGGUGACGACCCAUCAGUUCUACAAGGGAGAUCCUGGCAAGAUGGUCUGCUCUGCCCAGGGCAACCCUAUUGAGGUUACCUGGAAGAGAAAAGACAGGAAUGAUAAACAAGUAGUUGUCCUGAACCAGACAGAACCGGAUAAUAGGUACUCGUUUAGCAAUUCAGGCUACAGAGGUUUCACCCUGACCAUCAACCCUCUGGAAUAUAUGGACCGAGGUAGCUUCUACUGUUGUAUCAAGGGUGAAAACAACACCAACACUGAAGACACCACCGGCUGCCAAGAGUUUCUACUCCGUGUAAAAGGUCCGACAAGGGCAACAACUGGUCCCGUUCUCACCGGGACACAGUGGGAUCCAAGGUCAGGUUCAACUCGCUACACUGCCUCAAGAAUCGCCAUUGUGCUACCGGGGCUCCUGUGGAUGUCACGGACAGCACUUUGAUUACUGGGAACGAGUUUCCAUUUCUAGUUUCGAUUUCUAAGUGGGUUGGGUUUUAUCAUGUUUUGCCAAUUUGUUUUAGCAAUAGACAGCAUUUAGAGGCUUAGCUAUACUAAGGCGGGUGGCCGAAAAUAGCCUAUCGCAGCCAGGGGAUAGAGGGCUUGGAACUGCCCCCACCCCGCAUUUGAAUAUCUAAAAAAUCAAAGAAAAUGACCAGUAGGGGUUCGUUUGUGCCAAAAAAUAUUAAUGUAUACCUUUUUUCGAAAGAGACAGCUUGUAGAUUAGAUUACGGAUGAAAGUGUUUUUCGAGGCUAAUUCACAUGUUUUUAGUGCUUCAAUUAAAAUAUUAUUUUUAUCAGAGAAA